CUCCACUGCGCAUGCACCGAACUCCAGUGAGUGGCACGCGCGUGGAGGAAGUACAUUGACAGAUCUUUGGAAGUCUCCACCAGUCUUUCCUCUUAGAACUGGCCGAAUUUAACCUUAUUCACUCCCGAAGAUGUCGUGGUUGUUCGGCUUGAACAAAGGGCAACCGGAGCCUCCCCCCGGUCUGCCGGUUCAGCCCCCUCCGCCGCCGCCGCCGGCCGGUGGCUCCAACGGCGGCGGAGAUAAACCCAAGGACAAAUGGAGUAACUUCGAUCCCACCGGGCUGGAGCGGGCUGCACAGGCGGCCAAGGAUCUGGACAAGUCCCGACAUGCUAAAGAAGCUCUGGAAUUGGCUCGCAUGCAGGAGCAGAGCACCCAGAUGGAGCACCAGAGCAAAAUUAAGGAGUAUGAAGCGGCUGUGGAACAGCUGAAGGGUGACCAGAUAAAAAUCCAGGGUGAGGAGAGGAGGAAAACUCUUAAUGAGGAAAGCAAGCAGCAUCAAGCAAGGGCUCAGUACCAAGACAAGCUGGCCAGGCAGCGCUAUGAGGACCAGCUAAGACAGCAGCAAUUGUUGAAUGAGGACAACCUUCGCAAGCAGGAAGAGUCGGUUCAGAAACAGGAAGCCAUGAGGAAAGCGACCAUUGAGCACGAGAUGGAGCUGAGGCACAAGAACGAGAUGCUGCGUAUUGAGGCCGAGUCCAAAGCGCGCGCGCGUGUGGAGCGAGAGAACGCCGACAUCAUACGUGAACAAAUCCGCCUGAAGGCCGCCGAGCACAGACAGACGGUCCUGGAGUCCAUAAAGACAGCAGGCGCGGUAUUUGGAGAAGGAUUCAGAGCCUUUGUGUCAGACUGGGACAAAGUCACGGCCACGGUGGCUGGUCUGACCCUUUUAGCUGUGGGGGUGUACUCUGCCCGCAACGCCACCGGAGUGGCGGGUCGUUAUAUCGAAGCGAGACUGGGGAAGCCGUCUCUGGUGCGAGAGACGUCCCGCUUCACUGUGGGGGAGGCCAUCAAGCAUCCCAUCAAGACGGUCAAAAGGCUGAAGAGCAAACCUCAGGAUGCCCUGGAAGGAGUUGUGCUCAAUCCGACGCUGGAAGAGCGGGUGCGUGACGUUGCCAUAGCAACAAGAAACACAAGGCAGAAUAACGGCCUCUACCGGAACAUCCUGAUGUACGGACCCCCGGGCACCGGCAAGACGCUGUUUGCUAAGAAGCUGGCAAUGCAUUCUGGGAUGGACUACGCAAUCAUGACCGGCGGUGAUGUCGCACCGAUGGGCCGCGAUGGGGUGACCGCCAUGCAUAAAGUGUUUGACUGGGCCAACACGAGCAGGCGAGGCCUCCUGUUGUUUGUUGACGAAGCCGACGCAUUCCUUCGUAAGAGAUCGACUGAGAAGAUCAGUGAAGAUCUCAGAGCUACUUUAAACGCAUUCUUAUAUCGCACUGGAGAGCAGAGCAACAGAUUCAUGUUGGUGUUGGCCAGUAACCAACCAGAGCAAUUUGACUGGGCCAUUAACGACCGAAUCGAUGAAAUUGUCAAUUUUGCUCUGCCGGGGCUGGAGGAAAGAGAGAGGCUGGUGCGCUUGUACUUUGACAGAUAUGUGCUGGAGCCCGCUACCGGGGGGAGGCAGAGGAUGAAGCUGGCGCAGUUUGAUUAUGGUAAGAAAUGCUCUGAAAUAGCCAAGCGGGCAGAAGGCAUGUCCGGUAGAGAGAUCUCCAAAUUGGGAGUAGCCUGGCAGGCAGCGGCAUAUUCCUCAGAGGACGGCGUACUUACGGAGGCCAUGAUCGACACCCGCGUGGACGACGCGGUCAAGCAGCACCGGCAGAAGAUGGACUGGCUGCGUACGGAAGAAGAGGCUCAGACCAAGACCCUUACACCUCCACCAGCAGGGGGCGCCGCUAGUAGCACCACAGGCAAAAUGGGUUUCAAUCUGCCGCUUGGCGAGACAUCGCAGGCUCAGGAGGUGAUCGCCCCACUCUUGGUCCACAAGAUGAAGCAGCAAGGCGACUGUCUACCUCAAGAGAGGACAGCAGAGUCUCAAAGUUCUCCCUCAGCCAGACUGGACUGUGAAGAAGCCAACAGAGCAAGUUUAGAGCAGCGCGCUGAAAAGAAAGUGGAGAAGACUGACUCUGCACCAAAAGAUGGAACUCCAGUUUGAGUCAGAUUGUUUCAAUGAAUUAGAAAGAUUCUGAAUCAUGUCUUCGUGUCUUCACACAUGUUGGACUGUCUUGGACCUCGCUGUGUCUUGUGGAAGGAAACUAACCGGUGUUGAAAUACUUGUCUGUCUGUAACAACACAAUGGAGUCAAGUAAGAUUAAACCAAUUUAGGUUUUUAUAACCAGUAACAAUUGAUGUGCAUUUUGUGUACAUCGUCAUCACGGGAAUAAUACGGGUUCUUUCUCACCCCGAAUGAAUGC